AUGCCUGACCACCAGCACGUGCACGCCGCGUCCAGACGCAGCGACCUUUACGCCUGUCAAAGCCAGCAGCUGGACUCUGGGACGCAGGGAAAGCUGAGGACUCACACAUCUGGAGCAGAAGAAACUCACGAAAAGGCAGCGGAGCGGAGCGGCGCUGACAGCUCCCCUGAGGCCGGACGCGGAGCCGCGCUGCGCCGGAGGCCGCGGGUCCUCUUCUCCCAGGGGCAGGUGUCCGAGCUGGAGCGGCGCUUCGGCCAGCAGCGCUACCUGUCCGCGCCGGAGCGCGAGCACCUGGCGCGCGCGCUCAAGCUCACCUCCAACCAGGUCAAGAUCUGGUUCCAGAACCGGAGGUACAAGUGCAAGCGCCAGAGACAGGACCAGUCCCUGGAGCUGGCCGGGUACCAACCCCCCGCGCCCGUCCGGCGCGUGGCCGUGCCGGUGCUGGUGCGCGACGGGAGGCUCUGCGGCCCGCCGGCCUUCGGCCUGACGGCCGGACACUGCAGUCCGGUGUUCGGGUGUGGGGUCAGCAGCCCGUUCGGAUGCUCGCACCACAGCGCGUCCCCCCCGGCCCCCGCGCACAGGCCCGCCGGCAGCCAGCUGGAUGUUACGCGCACCGAGGAGCCUUUGGGCCACGGACAGUUCCAGGCUGCGUUUGCCUGGUGUUAG